AGUCCAUAGCCAGGAAUUUCUUCAGCCAAGAUAGCCUACCUGUCAAUAGAGACACGCCCAUGGUUAUAAAAUGAAUGAGUGAGUGCUUCAAGUCCACCAUAGCCAUAUCCCACCUGUCCCGCUGCAGCCACACCAGGUUGUCUUGGAAAUAGACUAAAACAUCAAGUAAUUUCAGAGACCUCCUGUCAAGCGGAUACGAAACGUUACUCUGUCACUCCCAUCAUGGAAGCUCUGCAGAAGUCUAUGCAAAAAAACACUCCCAAAGCCAGUUCUCAUGCGAUGUGGUGGGGUACACUGGGCACUGUGCGACCCUUCCCCAACUUCAACUCAGAGAAGGAUGCCCGCGACAUUCAAACUGCCCUGGAGAGCAAAGACAGUGAUGUGAACACUUUGGUGAGAAUCCUGACCAAUCGAAACAAUGUUCAGAGACAGAGCAUCGCAGAGUCCUACCGUAACCUCACACAGAAGGAUGUAUGUCCUGCCCUGAAGAAAGCUCUGUCAGGGGGGCUGGAGCAACUCAUGCUGGGGCUGAUGAUGACCCCCUCUCAGUUUGACGCCCAUCGCCUCAGACAGUCCAUGGAGGGUAUUGGUACAGACGAAGAGAGUCUAUUGGCUGUGUUGUGUACCAAAUCACCACAGCAGCUUAAAGAUGCCACUAUUGCCUACAAACAGGAGUUUGGACGUUACUUGGAGAAUGAUCUUAUCAGUGAGACUAGUAAAGACUUCACUAAGCUGGUACUGGCCAUACUCAAGAAGGAGGAGCUGAAUUCAAAGGAGAUGGUUGAUUAUCAGCUCAUUUACCAGGAUGUUAAGGCUCUGAAUGAUGCUGUGAAUGGUAAGAAAAAGGACCCAGCCCCCUGGAUUCAGGUGUUAACCACGAGAGACUCAAACCAUCUCAACAGAGUGCUAUCCAGGUUGGAGGAUCUGAGAGGGGAGACUGUGGAUAAAACAGUACAGAGUCACUUCUCUGGGGACCUGAGGCUUGGCUUCCGCACUCUGGUUGGCUCCAUCCCAAGUAUUCCUUUGUUUCUGGCCCAGCGUCUACACAGCAACAUUAAGAAAGGCAGUUUAGUGCAGGGGAUUCUUAUCAGCCACAGUGAAGAGGACCUCCUCUGUGUGAGAAUCGAGUAUCGCAGACUGACCAACACUUCACUCUACUCUACAUUGCAGAAAGAAUACAAAGGAGAGAUGCAGCAGGCUCUCCUAGCCUUGUGUCGAUCUGAAGACCUGUAGAGGAAGAAUACCUUUUAACCUACACACGUUGUUGUAACCUAAGAACUGGUAUUAUGUCUCUCCAUUAAACAAUUUACACGUCUUUGAUAUUUCAGCAUAUUUUGCCAUAAUUCUACCAUGUCUAUUUCACCCAUAGUGCUAACCAUUAUGAUCGGGUAAUUGGCCUUAUAGCAACCGAAUUUCAAACAUCUCACACCUUUGUUUCUACUUCUAUGAAUAUCAUCCAGUGUGUGUGAGAGUUGGUGGGGAACAGGGUCCAGGCGCUUCAAAUUCUAAGUGUCUCUCUCCCUCUGUUCGUCCUAAUCCCAGGUCAAUGUUAGCCAGGAAGUAUUAAUAUCCCUCAAGCAUCUCAUAGCUAGCAUCUCAGACUCCCCUCUUCCCCUCCCCACCAUUACCCACUGAUUCAAUCGGUGUUAAUCAAAUGUGAUGUUGGCAGCCUUGGAUGUUUGUGUGAGUCGAGACAAAGAGUUUGGAUCCUAUGAUGAGACGCAUCAAAAACCACAUGUAACUGUUCCUUAAUAAUGCAACUUUGAACUUGUACAAAGUUCAAAACGAUAAAUAAUAAAAGUUAGUUUUAAACAUAAAA